UUACAUCAGAGAGCUGAUGGUCACUCAGUGGUGAAAAGCAGAUGUUGAUGGAGAGCUGCACGUUGGUGUGAACUUAAAAAUCCUAAAAAAGAGCAGGAAGGUGAAAUUAAAGCGAGAAAGUUUCCUCAUCGACUGACAGUGAAGUCAGGAUCCUGAAGACUCGGCACAAUGAGCCGUUCACAGGGCGACACAGAGGGUGAAGCUCCUGCCUCCAAACACACAGACUCAGGCAGAGGGUCAAAGGUCACCUCAGAGAGAGUGGCCCUGCUGGUUGUCUGUUCUCUCCUGGCAGCUGCUGCCAUUGUUAUUUACCGACUCUCUUUUGCUCAUUUCCAAACCAAGAAAAAUCUCCAGACACUGAGAGAAGAGUACGAAGCUGUAAAAAGAAACCUCACAGAGAGAAUCAACACAGUGCAGCCUAUAUGCCCAAAAGAUCCUGAAGUAAAAAUCAAUCAAACAUGUAUGAAGUGUGACAGAGACUGGGAGCAACAUGGAGGAAAGUGCUAUCUUUUCUCCAUCAGUUCUGCAAACUGGGAACAGAGCAGACGUUUCUGCCAAAGUCAAGGAGGAGACCUGGUUAAGAUAGACAGCAGAGAGGAGCAGAUAUUCCUGGUGAAUAGAGUGAGAGAGAAAAUGAAACAUCCUGAGGACAUGUUCUGGAUCGGACUGACAGACUCAAAGGAAGAGGGCAAAUGGUUUUGGGUGGACGGCUCACCACUGGACACAAGUCUGACCUUCUGGGCCAGUGUGGAGCCGUGUGACUGGACAAAGGAGAAUCCUGAUGGAGAGGACUGUGUGAGAAUUGGGGGGAAACCAGGUCAUAAUGACCCAAAGAUCUGGUUGGAUAAAUCCUGCAAAGAACAUUAAGGAAGUAUUAGUAAGACACAUGAGGAAAAUGGACGUUACACUAUACCAUGGGCUUUUGCCCCUUUCCCCCUGUUAAACUAAAAAGUUUUUGUUUUCAUUUCAGUUUUUAAACCUUUGCAUAAACUCAGCUUCCAUAGUUUCCUCACUGAUGGAGAAGUCUGUGAGAUAGAACAGAUUUUACAGCAGGAGAAAGUGUAAUGUCCACAGACACUUCUCAAACCCGUCCUGCAGCAUCAUCCACUCGUCCUCUGUCUGUCUGCUCAGUGUGAUACAAACACUGACAGUUCAGCACACAAAACAAAGUUUUUGUUGUAUUUAUAAACUGUAGAUGUUGGAUCAGUGGUUUCCAUAGUUUUAAAGUUGAUGAAGUUUAAAACAAAGUGAGAACACAACAAACAAGAAACUGAGUUUAUGGUUGAAAGUAGUUUAUAAAACAUUUUAUAGGUGACCCAAGCUGCUGUAUCACAACUUCAGAAGAUCAUUAACAAGCUGAAUGAUUCUGUACAGUCAGUGUUUGUUCUCACGGUGUCAUCUGUUACAUCUGAUUGUUUCCUGAACUGAUAAACGUCUUUAAAAACCUCACUUUGCAACAUAUAGCUCCAGUGGUUGAUUAUAAUCAGUAUGUACCUUGCACAUGUUUGAUGUGGAAACUUGAAGCCUCCAGGUCACAAACACUGAGAACAGACUUUACAGUGAAGUAGGAGACGUCUUGUUUCCAGCAAUAUUUAAUAUACAUAGGUUCUAUAUGAGGGAGGAGCAGAUGUUAUUUAGAGAAACAUUAACAAGGAAACUGAAGGUUUUUGUAGAAAAAUAAAACAUAUCAGACACAAAAUGUUAUUCAGAGUAUUUUUUACAUGCAUCAGGAGGGAACCUUUAAAUGUUUGCAGAUGUUUCCAUUGAAUUUGACAUUAGCUUUAUCAAAAACAUCAUCAUGCCACAGAUUGUUAAGUUUCCUUGUUAAUGUUUCUCUAAAUAACAUCUCCUCCUCCCUCAUAUAGAACCUAUGUAUAUUAAAUAUUGCUGGAUACAAGACGUCUCCUACUUCACUGUAAAGUCUGUUCUCAGUGUUUGUGACCUGGAGGCUUCAAGUUUC